CGCAAAAUUGAGUGCUGUUAUGCGCGGCAUUGUCUGUCGCAUGUGCCGUGCACGUUGUUUUUUUUUUUUGUAAACAAAAACGAUCCUGUACAAAAUGGGAGCCCUAGCAGAGCUUGCAGGCGACGAGAAGAACGGCGAGGGAUCCCGCACCUUUGUGUUCCUUAACGAGGGCCACACACUGGGCAACGCUCUGAAGACGAUCAUCGCCAGGUACCCAGAGGUAGACUUCUGCGGCUACACCAUCCCCCAUCCCACCGAGCAGAAGCUGCACUUCCGCAUACAGUCGCGCCGGGACCGAGCCGUCGACCUGCUCAAGCGCGGACUUGAGGACCUGGAAGCACUGUGCGACCACACUAUAGACACCUUUGGGAGGGAAAUGGAUAAAUUUAAUGCUGCGAAUGCCAGAGGAGUGCAAGAGAAUACAUGAGUGGUUCC